AUGUUGGGGGUGUUGGUGCGGUUGAUGAGGAAGUCGUUUGGGGCACGCCCUUUGUUUGCCGGGGUUGAGUUCACCAACGUCAAAUGCUCGUCUGCUGACACCUCGUACGUUUACUACGAGAGUUGCCGUAUUAAAGCGGUAAAUAGGACGUAUAAGUAUAUUUCUGUGAAUUCCAGACUGUUAAUAUUGCCCCUUACAAAUGCCACAAUAAACGUAGCCCUAUUCAAGCGGUAUAAUGGCUAUAAGCCAUUUCUCUAUAACGUUUCUGUGGAUGCAUGUAGAUUUUUGAAAACUCAAAAAUCCAACAUAGUCGUUAAAUAUUUAUUCGAUUUAAUUCUCUUACAAUCCAAUAUAAGAAGUCCGACCUGCCCAUUCAAUUCCCUUAUUACUGUGGAUAGGCUCACUACCAACUUUCUGAAUAAUAAGCUAACGCAAGUUCUGCCAGUUCCUGAAGGCGACUAUCUUUUUGCAUUCAGAUGGUUCUCUUUUAAUAUUUAUCGUUCCUCUGUGAACGUGUACAUAACGAUAUCCUAAAUAUUAGUUUUGAAAAAUUGGACGCCUAGUGGAUUAUCUAUUCAAAAGGAGUUCUUCAACAUUUUACUAAACCAAACAUAAUUAGUAUAUGCUUAACGCUUAUGUAUGUAAGUUUUAUGUUGAAAACGUUAGGAUUAAAUGUUUCAAUCCUUUUUUUAUAACUUCCUGGCCAGGGUAAUAAUUUUGCAUUAAUUGACAAUUUCAUGAACAGCAUUGGACAAUUUUAAGCACUAAAUUAUCAUAUCGGAAACAUAAAUAUUAAACUAAAUACUAAUGCCCUAAUGUUAUCCCAUAAGCAGACAAAAUAUAAUGUGUGCAUAAUUUUCGGCUAAUCCAUAUUUCA